AUAAACAGCGAGGAAAGACGCAUGGACGCGUUGUUGUGGUUGUGAAGGUGAAUGGGCUGGGCGUGGCCUCCAUGCUGCCUGCGCCUGACGUCAUGACGUUACGGACAGGCGAGGAGCUGAGGCCGCGCAGCACACACACACACACACACACACACACACAGAGCACAGAGGGCGACUGCGCCUUUAAGAACAGCAAAACUAAAAACCAAAAACAGCCUCGCUGUCAAUGUGCUAGCGAUGCAUUUACCUGAUAUGGUUUUGUUGAAACUCGUGCUCUUCUUAUACUGCUUAAGCGACACCAAAGGUCAAUAUGGGAGAUCCCUAAGUAAAUACAUUCAAUAUUACGAAGGCCUGUCCUACAACACAGACACCUUGCACAGCAAUCACCAGAGGGCGAGGAGAGCUCUGUCCCACGAGGACCAGUUUCUUCACCUGAACUUCCACGCUCAUGGCAGGCAUUUUAACCUGCGGAUGAAGAGAGACACCUCUCUGUUCUCCCCUGAUCUUAAGGUGGAAGUUUCAGGAGAAGAGAUCCCCUUCGACACCUCUCACAUUUACAGUGGAGAAAUUUACGGUGAGAAGGGCACUCUGACCCAUGGCUCUGUCGUGGAUGGGAAGUUUGAGGGAUUUAUUAAGAGUCAUCAAGGCAUGUACUAUGUAGAGCCCUCAGAGAGAUACCUCAAAGACCAGAAUGUACCCUACCACUCAGUCAUCUACCAUGAGGAUGACAUCGAUUACCCUCAUAAGUACGGAGCAGAGGGCGGCUGUGCAGACCACUCUGUGUUUGAGAGGAUGAAGAAGUACCAGGCGUCUGCAGUGGAGGAGCCCAGCCAGCAGACAAACCAUGAUGAAGAAAGGGCUGAUGGGCCAGUGAUCCUUAGGAAACGUCGUGCAGCACAGCCAGAGAAAAACACCUGUCAGCUUUUCAUCCAGACAGAUCACCUCUUUUACAAAUACUACGGUACCCGUGAGGCUGUGAUUGCACAGAUUUCCAGUCACGUGAAAGCCAUUGACUCCAUCUACCAAAGUACUGAUUUCCAAGGCAUCCGCAACAUCAGCUUCAUGGUGAAGAGAAUCAGGAUCAACACCACACUAGAUGAAAAGGAUCACUCCAAUCCUUUCCGGUUUGCCAACAUUGGUGUGGAGAAGUUUUUAGAACUCAAUUCAGAGCAGAAUCACAAUGACUACUGCCUAGCCUACGUGUUCACAGAUAGAGACUUUGAUGAUGGAGUCCUGGGGCUGGCAUGGGUCGGUGCUCCUUCAGGGAGCUCUGGUGGGAUCUGUGAGAAGAAUAAACCGUACUCUGAUGGGAAAAGGAAGUCUCUGAACACUGGCAUCAUCACAGUGCAGAACUACGCUUCACACGUUCCCCCUAAAGUCUCUCACAUUACCUUUGCUCAUGAGGUUGGACACAACUUCGGCUCUCCGCAUGACUCAGGUCUUGAGUGCACACCAGGUGAGUCUAAGACUCAGGAUCAGAAAGAGAGAGGCAACUACAUCAUGUAUGCAAGAGCCACAUCAGGAGACAAGUACAACAACAACAAGUUCUCCAUCUGCAGCAUUCGCAACAUUAGCCAGGUGCUGGAGAAGAAGAGAUUCAGCUGUUUCGUUGAAUCUGGUCAGCCCAUCUGUGGCAAUGGUUUAGUUGAGGUUAAUGAGCAGUGUGACUGUGGAUACAGCGAUCAGUGUAAAGACCAGUGCUGCCAUAAUGCCAAUGAGCCAGAUGGGGUAAAGUGUACACUGAAGACAAAUGCUCGAUGCAGUCCCAGCCAGGGUCCAUGCUGCACGCCGGAGUGUAUCUUUAAGGGUAGCAAUGUGAAGUGUAGGGAUGAAUCUGAGUGUGCUCUUGAGGGCAAGUGCAAUGGAAUCACUGCCCAGUGCCCCACCUCAGUACCCAAAGAAAACUUCACAGCCUGCCACUCAGAUACUCAAGUCUGCCUUAAUGGGGGUUGUUCUGGCUCUAUCUGUCAGAGGUUUGGUCUUGAAGUGUGUACCUGUGCCAGCGAGGAGGGGAAAGACGACACUGAGCUGUGUCAUGUUUGCUGUAUGAAGACGGGUGAGCCUAGUACCUGCAGCAGCACUGGCUCAGAUAAAUGGGCAAUGCACUUUAAUAGAAAGAGCACCAUGUUGCAGCCCGGCUCUCCUUGUAAUGAUUUCAAAGGCUACUGUGAUGUCUUUAUGAAGUGUAGACUAGUGGAUGCUGAUGGCCCCCUGGCCAGGCUUAAGAAGGCCAUCUUCAACCCUGAGCUUUACACGAGCAUUGCAGAGUGGAUAGUGGAACACUGGUGGGCAGUGCUGUUAAUGGGGAUUGCUCUCAUCAUGCUCAUGGCUGGAUUCAUCAAGAUCUGCAGUGUGCACACACCAAGCAGCAACCCUAAAUUGCCCCCACCCAAACCUCUGCCAGGCACACUGAAGAGAAGAAGAGCCCAGAACCCCACUGCACAGACUCAGCCACAGCGCCACAAUCGGCAGCAGAGAGAGAACUAUCAGAUGGGCCAGAUGCGACGCUGAGCCAGUCUCAUCAUUGCCUUGGUUCUUCCUAGUGCCUACAGUGGGAAACACUUCACUCCAAAGAGUUACCUGAAUCAAUCAAUAAGCCCCAUCUACAAACUAAAAAAAACUAUCUACAAACUAAGAAAAAUAAAAUAUACCACAUGGACUUAAAAAAUACUUCAGAAAACAGCAGUUUUUAAAAGUUGUAAGAAGCCACUGCUCGGGGAGCCAGCAAAGCUUUUGUUGCAUAGAUCAGAGAAAAAUUCAGAAGCUAGUGAUGAGGAGGAAGUGGACAGAAUUACAGUUUUAAUUUUUUUUUUCUAUUGUCUUUUUCUUUCUUUAGUGACAUGAUAAAGCAUUUUCCUCCCCACUGUUUUUGACCCUUUUUCAUCUUUUUACCUUUUUAUUGCUUGGAAUUACCACCCUCCUGUGGAGCUCGCAAAACGGCAUGAUGAUGUGAAGUUACAUGGGCCAAUCAAGGAAAGUGAGCGAGAACUCUUUAUAGAGACCCAUUUUCCAAUGUGUCAUCAAGAUGUUUUUUAAAAAAUACAAGCAAAAGGAUUACUACAAAUUCAAGCUUUUAUUUUUAGUCUCCCUCAGUGCUGUUGUACAGAUAUUACAAUGUACUUUAGUUUUUUAUGUAAUUUUUUUUCUGCUGUUAAAUAAUUAUAAUUAAGGUUUUGAUUGACACUCAGGAUAUAAUAAGAGAGCACAGAGAGUUUCUAUUGUUAGAAGGCCUUUUACCAGACUCACUUAGGUGAAAGAAACAUGUGUUUGUGCAUAGCAUUUUCAUAUUUGUUAGCAUGUUUUUUUAUUAUUAUUAUUAUUUCUUGCAAUGCAAAAAAAAUCUUCUUGCAUUGUCAGUAGAUGAUGAACAACCACUAAAGAAUUAAAGUUCUUCAUUCCAUGCAGGUAAGGGAAUUAAAAUAAGAGGGAGUUUGGGUUAAAAAAAAAGAUCUUUGCCACUUGUCACAAUCUACUGAGAAUGGCUUUGUUACUUUGUAUUACCCAGUAACGCAGUGUUCCCUCCGAGAGACUGGAAAAAAGAUUGUACGGUAUCUUUUCUCAGUAGACAGACUCAAGAAAAGAUAAGCACAACAUCACAGAUCAUUUUUUUUUCUUGAUAUAAACAAUGAUUUUUUUUCCAAUGAGAUGUUGGCAACAUGAAAGUGCAGACAAAUACACAAAUGGAAUGUCGCUGUACUUGUCUCGGUUGUGUGCAUCAGUUGAAAGGCUGGGAUAAAGAGAGAGCUAAUAGAAGCAAUCUGUAGAGUCUAUAGUCUUUUUACACGCUAAUUAAUAUUUACACAAAGGAGUUUUUCUUAUCAUUCAUCAGGUAUUACCCUCUGUUAUAGACAGAAGGUCCAGCCUAGCACCCUAUAUAAUCAACACAUGCCUUGUAUUGCCUAUAUAGAUCACUAAUAUAGUGCACAAAAAUUCACAGUUAGCCCCUUGAUUCAUUUAUUAAUGUAAUAGUUUGGUUUUCCUGACUAAGUAGACCUAAUUAUCAUUAAGAAUCACUAUCCACAGUGCAGUUCUAUUUAGAAGUAAGUAAGUUCUGUAAUUUAAAAAACAACAUAUCCUCUUUGGCUGAUUUUCCAGAUAUGCGUGUAGACCCAGGGUAAACCUUAUUUUCAGCAUAGAAGCAUCACUGUGUAUUGUAGUCUAGGUUUAACAUCAGAGAACAAAGUUUGAUUGUCUUCUGUAUAUCUCUUAGAAAGGCAGAGGUUUUGAACUAUGAAUACAUCAGAAAUCUCAAGUCAUUCUUAAAGAAGAUUUAUCAUAUUGUUUCAGUUUAUGUUGAACAUCAUCCUUUUUUUAAUGGUGUGACCGGGUGUCCAGAGUUCAGACGUCUGCAUCUUCUCAAGCUGCAAUCUUUGAAUCUGUUGAGGAUCUGCAUUUCAACAACAGGUCAUACCAAACACAUGGAUGGUUUGCUUGUGUUUUAAGACGGGCAUUCCCAUCUCCCAGUCCUUUGGAUCUAAAUCAUCACCUCAUUUCUAUAUGUCUCUUUAAAUGCUGAUGGUACAGGGGUUUUUAGUUCACUUUGACUGCUCUGAUUGCGAUUAGCCUCAAAGUAAUCAAUCAUUUAUGUGUUAUUCUGUGGUAAAGGGGUUUGGGUGAAUGGGAACAGGAUUAUUUGUUAGUGGGUUUUUUUGGGUUUAGUUUUUUUGGUCUUGCUUUAAGAUUAUGAGUAAUGUGCACUAAUAUGCAAGCAUGGUGUGUAUGGAUGAAAUUAUGAAAAACAAGAUGGAGAAAUGUCUAAUACUACUGUUUGAUUUUAAUGUGCGCUGUUUUAUACAGUAUCGUUUUGGCUUCUUUUUUUCUACCUUUUCCCCCCUCUGCACUUACAUUUGAAAGUGUUUACUAAAUACAAAGUAUCAUGCAACAACAUGUAUUUUUUUUAAGUUCUUGAAAUGCAUAAAUAAAAUAGCCUUGAUCAGAAA